UCCUUUGGCCAAAGAGGUACCAAGCGGGGGUGAAAAGAUGCCGGGACGCAUGGUGGCCGUCAACCUGUCAGGGCCCGACCAGGGUGUCAACUGCUGUUGCGGCUGCGUCCGGUGCUGCGGCUGCAUCAAUUGGAGCUACGUUACCUCGUCCGCCGGCAUCGCCAAAAUUGUCGAAUUUAUCGUCGGGUCAAUGUGUCAAAGUUUGGCAAUAAAGUUUGGGCUGUCUCACGCCGCGGACAUGGGCUCUGCUUUCGACGCGUACCUCUCAGCCUGCUCGGCGGCCCUUCUCGGCUCCGGCUGCCUCCUAUUGUGCUUCCUCCUGUCAGAAAAGUCUGUCAAAGCGGUGCGCUCUUCCCUUUUUGAAACCCUGUACAACGGAAUGUGCGCGUUUCUCGUUUUGAGCUCGAGCAGCUCGUUACUGGCCGCGGUCAAUUUUUUCCUUUGGCCGAGAUACCUCAUCACACCCUUCUACAUCGUCUACCCGGCAAUGUUCGGAGCGUCAUGUUUAGGACUGCUACUCGGAGGGGUUUAUGUUUUGGACUGCUACAUGAGCUACCGUCAUUACAAAGGCUAUACUCCAGGAAGGCGGCACAACGCUCCUAUAUUCAGCAUUUAAUUUAAUUUUACUUGAGGUCAGACUGUGUAAUAUUUAAUUUCUUUAUUUUUCUCCUCUAUAUUUUCAACUAGUCACUUUUUAAAUUAAAUUUUUUAUACAGGAUAAUUAAAGUAAGCUCAUAAAACGUUAAUGACUCUUCUUCUAAUUAUUUUCGCUGCUCUGAAAAUAAAUAUUGAAACUACCAAAAUUUCGUCUUACUUGAUGGUCCAAACUUUAAGAAAAUGAAAAUAAAACGAAUUAGUUUGAAGCGGUUUAAAUAAAAGAAAAUUUGC